AACACGCUCCAGUCACACCUCAAUCAUCACCAGUUUUGUGUGUAAUGUUUUGUUUUUCGUUGUUUAUAAAAUAAACAACAUUUGAAAAAAACAUCAACGCAGAAACCUUAAAAAACUCAAACAUCGCCAUCUUGUUUACGUAGCGGAAAAGGCGGGACUGACUGAAGUGUUUGCGAAUAAAUACCGGGUCGUCAUUUCCGGUAAGUGCUCAACGACAGUAAUAAAUUUGGGACACCACUACACAGUCAAAACUCUCGCCCUCGGAAACUAAGUACGCAGUGUACACAGUACUGUAUACUUACUGAUGUCAACACACGGAAGCGCGCCAAUUGAAACACGGCCAAAUAGCUCCAGUCUGUGGCGACGUCUUCUCGCCUUUCAGCAGCAAUGAAGCUCGCAGCUCUUGUCGCUUUUUUUGUGCUCCUCUGUAACGACCGGAGAUGUUCAGGCUCGUCUCAUCCUAAGCAUUCGUGUCGCUAUCCUCCAUCACAGUGGUGUCGCUCUUUGGAGAUUGCUAUUGAAUGCAAGGUGCAGAAGCAAUGCAUGGAGCUCAGCGCCGUACGUCCAAAUGAGGCGGUUCCUCAGGUGUCUGUCACGCUGUACUAUGAGAGCCUGUGUCCAGCCUGCAGAGCCUUCAUCACGCAGCAGCUGUUCCCCACCUGGACCAUGCUGCAGGACAUCAUGAAGGUCACGCUGGUCCCGUACGGGAAUGCUAAGGAGCAUAUGUCAGGCAAUACCACCUUCACCUGCCAGCACGGAGAGCCGGAAUGCCAUGGGAAUAUGAUUGAGGCUUGCGUCCUGCACCUGUCAGACCAUGCAGCAUUCCCGAUCAUCUUCUGCAUGGAAUCUGCUGCAGACGUUCUCAGCGCAGCGCAGCCAUGUCUUCAGAUGCACGCCCCCUCCAUCCCCUGGGCCAGCGUGGACUCCUGCGUGAGGGGAGGUCUCGGCCGCAGACUGAUGCACGCCAGCGCCGCCAUGACGAGAGCGCUGAGCCCCGCCCACACACACGUCCCCUGGGUCACCUUCAACGGGGAAUACAAAGAAGAUCACGAAGACAAGGCCAUGUCCUCGCUCUUCCAUUUGGUUUGCCAGCUGUACAAGGGGGUGAAGCCUCCAGCCUGCACCGGAGCGCCAGUCAGACUCAACAGAGGCUUCUGCUGAAAAUGUGGACAUGUACUGAUAGAUUGUAACACAUACAAUAUUACAUUAAAAUCAUACCUUACCACUUACAAGCUAUGAUGAUGAUGUGCAUGGUGGCUAACACAUACAGUAUUCCAUCAAAAUCAUACUAUACCACAGUUAUAAGCUAUGAUGAUGAUGAUGAUGUGCAUGGUGGCUCAUGAAAGGAAAUCCAGUCAGUAUAACUUGAAGUAAUAUUCUGUGUAAGAAUCAUGAAAAGGACAAACAGCGAGAUCAAUUUCCAUAUAAUUUAUUGGCAUUUUCCCCACAUAAAACACCCUGAACUCCCGAAAAUCAUUUGGUUUUUAAAAUGCGAAAGCUUUCAGAGUGGCAGAUCUUCUCUAUACUUGGAAAGUAUGUUUGAUCUUUCGGCUCCAGAACAUGAUUUUUAAAUUUUUUUUUUAUUUUAUUUUUUUUACAGUACUUUGUCCUCGACAGACAGACAUGUACGAAUAAAUAGCUUUCGAGACGUUUGCACGACAUGAUUAACAUGAAUGAUGACAGCUCAACACAAGAAGUGAGCGAGUGCAGGAACACCCGUGUACACCUACAGCAUAUUGUAAUAAUACUUUUUGGCACUGAUGUUUUCAUGUCAAGAACCACUGUGCUGAGUUCAGCUCGUCUGCCCGUUCUUCGCAUUCAUUCAGUUUCACAUCAUGAGCCUUUUGGCUAUACGCCGAACGCAACAGACGACUUUUUAUGCCAAUUAAAAAUGAGUUAGGAGCUGACUGGCAUGUUGACCUUUUGAGUACAGUAGAUAUACUGUAACUGAGGCUCCCAUAAAAUGUCUGUUUUGACGUGCUAAUCUCUCCCUCACUCACGGUGCAACCAAAAAUAACACGUGAAACACACAUGUAACGCCACCACAGAGACACCAUAAUCCCUCGUUUAUCGGUUCCAGACCUGACCGCGAUGAGUCAAAAUCAAAUAUUUUGGUAGUUUGAGCAUUAAAAAAAACUGUUUACAACCUUCUAAAUACUGUUUUUAACAUUAUUAGAGCCCUCUAGACAUGAAAUAACACCCCUACAGUCACUUUUACACUUGUAUUACCCAAUAUAGUAGUCAUAAUAAGACUAAGACUCGUGCUCGAGUGUUGCUGUAAAUGUGUUCCGAUGCUAGGGGAGCUGAGUGUGGGGCCGACAGGAAGUGACGUUGAGAGUUGUAUCUUGGUGUGGGUUACGGCAGCAACAGCGCCCCGUGUUAGGGAUUACCGCGCCUAUUGUGAGAUAAUUCAAACCUGCAAAAAAAGCCUACUGUUACGACGAUCGAGUCCGGUGCUUGUGCGUCUCACCGAGCGUUACAGUAGCAUUACUGACUCCUAGUGACAAGCGUAGAAUACUGCGACUCACCGCAAUGUUUUUGAAUGCAUCUUCUGAAUGCCUUAUUGUAUUUUAGUUCAUUUAGACAUUUUUGUGCUUGAAAAUGCAAAUGCAGUGUUCCCUCGUUUAUCGCGGGGGAUGGGUUCCCAAACUAGCCCGCAAUGAGUGAAAUCCGCGAAGUAGCCAACUAUAUAUUUUUUGUACAAUUAUAUGUUUUAAGGUUGUAAAACCCCUCACCAGACACUUUAUACUCUUUUUUUUUCUCAGACAGGCAUUAACGUUUUCUCACAUUUCUCGCUUGUUUAAACACUCUCAAAGUAGAAUUGUAAUGAUCAACCUACUAGGUUGGACACUAGAAAUUAUUUAGUGACUCACGUGUAUUUCACUCCUCUGACUGCCUUGUCGUCCUGGCGCCAUUCCGCUGUACUGUAGCGUUUUUUGUAUGCUCGUUAAAACGAGGAUAUCGCUCCUGUCGUAUUUUCCUCACACGGUUUGUAGUAUGUAUGUUUACAGUAUUGCCGGUUAGUAGGCGGCACGAAGCAGAUUGAUUGAUAAUGGUGUACAGCCAAUCGGGACGUAGAAGACAAUGUGCGGUGCAGACUGAAGAGAGACACCGCCUAAAGCGUAGAACUACGACACUCAACUUCCCACAAUGCAAUUCUUCUUAAAGGGCCAGAUUCGGACUAUAACAGCAGCGUUCAUACGCUGUAAAGAAAUUAAAAAGCACUAAAAUUGCACAAAAAAAAUCCAUGAACCAGCGAGUCCGCGAAAGGCGAACCACGAUGGAGCGAGGGAACACUGUACAUAAAUUUUGCUUAAUUAUGCUCUUUUUUUUAAUUUUUUUUUUUUUAACUAAUAGGCCAUAUUCAACCACAAAACAGUUUGAAAAAACAAGAUAGAGUGACGCCGCAAAAUUCUAAGCGCCAUUUUAUACUAAAUUUAUACCUGCAAGGUAUGUUGGGUAACUUCCUGUUGUGGAAGUGUGCCUGUGAGCUCCCAAGCAUGCCUUGCGGGUUAUAGAUAAGAAUAAAAUAUUAUUAGUAUGGGUGUUUAUGCCUCUAUUUCAAUACCCGCUUAGUCCGUGCGGUACAGUUACAUUGUAACGUGUUAUUCUGGUGGCACCGUGAGCGAGGUAGGAAUUUGGCUUAAUAAGUGCCUGUUGGUUUGUGAUGAGUCAGGGUGUUCAUAAGGUUAAGUGUGUAAAUAUCAAGCUGGCUCACUACGUACCACGAGCACCUCUCUGACUACUUUCAGUGUAAUUAUGGAGAGCCUUGCUGCAAAUGAAAAAAAUAAAGCUCUGAAAAUCUGCUAAUGUGCAAAGCUGAAUCGUACGGCCGAGUAUUAGGGCCACAUAGGGAAAAUAAAUCUGCAAUUUUGAAAAUAAAGUCG